UUCUCUCUACGCCCUUCCGAUUUCUUUUGUUUCCACCCUACGCACGCUAGAGAGAAAAUUUUUGAUAGAGAGAGAUUUAUCGUACACUAUACAGAGAGAGAGAAUAUUAGAGAGAGAGAUAAACGCAGCGUUUUUAUCAGUCAGCGAACGACUUGGAGAGUUUGAUGAGGAUGGGGUUGACAAGCUUCUCGAACACGAAAUAGCGACUCAAAGAGAGAGGUAGAAGACAGCAAGAAAAGAAAAAGGAUUUCCACCGUCUCUUUCCUGUAAGGCUUGCAGCCACAUAAUUGGAGGAACAUGACGAGUCAGACAACUACUAAAGUUCGAUUUGUUAAAUGCCCUACAUGCCGGCAAAUUCUUCAAGAGCCAACAAACACUCCUUUGUACCAGUGUGGAGGAUGUAGCACGGUUCUCCAAGCUAAAAAUUCAAGAAACAACAAGUCCAAAGAUGCAGGAUCACACUUACAAGAAACAGAUCCUGCACAGAAAGUUGAAUUAGAGCAUGUUUCUGAAGACAAUGUAGCUAGCAGUCCAAGUCAAAAGGGAACUCUUUCUUCCACAGAGGAAUCUACAUUGGAUAAUAGCAAUGGGAGGGGUCAAAAUGAACUGGGGAAUUGUAUUAGGGAGCAUCCUGGAGGUAUAAACUUGUCCGAUCAACUUUCAUCAACUGAGCUUACUUGUCAUGAGAAUAAAAAGUCAGCUCCAGAAGCCGGGGCACAUAAAGAAGUGCAUGAAGAAUGCUAUUUGGACCAGAGCAACAGAAGGGAUCAAAAUGAUUUCGAAGAUUGCAAUAAGGAGCAGCCUGGAAGUGCAAACUUAUCUAAUGGAAUCUCUUCAUCAACUGAGCUUACAAGUCAGGAGAAUGAGGUGUCAUCACCAGAAGCCGGGGCACAUAGAGAAGUGGAUGGAGAAUGUUAUUUGGACCAGAACAAUGGCAUUUCUUCAUCAACUGAGCUUACAAGUCAUGAGAAUGAAGUGCCAUCACCAGAAGCCGGGGCAAAUAGAGAAGCGGAUGAAGAAUGUUAUUCGGACCAGAACAACAGCAUUUCUUCAUCAACUGAGCUUACAAGUCACGAGAAUGAAGUGCCAUCACCAGAAGCUGGGGCAUAUAGAGAAGUGGAUGAAGAAUUUUAUUUGAACCAGAACAACGGAAUUUUUUCUUCGACUGAGCUUACAAGUCAUUUGAAAGAAGUGACAUCACCAGAAGCCGGGGCACAUAGAGAAGUGCAUGAAGAAUGUUAUUUUGAAGUGCCAUCACCAGAAGCUGGGGCACAUAGAGAGGUGGAUGAAGAAUUUUUUUCGGACCAGAACAACGGAAUUUCUUCAUCAACUGAGCUUAAAAUUCACGAGAAUGAAGUGUCAUCACCAGAAGCCGGGGCAUAUAGAGAAGUGGAUGAAGAAUUUUAUUCGGACCAGAACAAUGGCAUUUCUUCAUCAACUGAGCUUACAAGUCAUGAGAAUGAAGUGACAUCACCAGAAGCCGGGGCACAUAGAGAAGUGGAUGAAGAAUGUUAUUUGGACCAGAGCAACCGAAUUUCUUCAUCAACUGAGCUUACAAGUCAUGAGAAAGAAGUGGCAUCACCAGAAGCUGGGGCACAUAGAGAAGUGGAUGAAGAAUGUUAUUUGGACCAGAACAACCGAAUUUCUUCGUCAACUGAGCUUACAAGUCAUGAGAAUGUAGUGUCAUCACCAGAAGCCAAGGAACUUGGAGAAGUGGACGAAGAAUGUUAUUUGGACCAGAACAACAGAAGGGAUCAAACUCUAUCUGGAGAUUGCAAUAGGGAGCAGCCUGAAGAUGCGACCUUCUCCAGUGAAGUCCCUUCAUCAGCUGAGCUUAAUGGUCAUGAGAUUGAGGAUUUCUCACCGACAGUUGGAACACAUGUAAAAGUGGAUGAAAAUAUGAUUUCUUGUGAAGUUCCACCAUCUACCGAGUUUACUUGUCAUGAGAUUGAAGAGACAUCACUAAUACCAGGAGAGGAUGACAAUUUCAAGAGUCGUUUCAUCUUUAGAAGCUCGAGUUUGGAAAACUUGCAGACUAUAAGGCCUGAGGAUUCUGCUGUUACUGCUCAAAGGCCUUUGGAUGAAAGUAUUUCAUCCGAUAAUCUCAAGUCUUCUUACAAUGAACUGCUGGAGCAAUCUCAUGAAAGUGAUCUCCAUGAGUAUCUCCGUGUAAGGUCUAUAGAUACAUUGGAAAAUGCACCACUAGUCAUCCCCAGGUCUGAACUCAGUGUUACACUUAGAGAUAUGCCUAAAUCUCCAACAACCAGAAGCUAUUAUGCUUAUGAUGGUAGUGUCUCUUCUUAUGAUGAAACUGACGAUCAAGUUCCCAAUUGGAAUCUGCAUCCAUCUAAAAGAAAAUUUAGGAACGCGGACUAUGUCAAUCAAGCAGGGGAUGAGUUAAUCGUUGAUGACACAAGAAGAAGUGAUUUAGAUAUGAAACAUCAAUCAAGAAAUUUCUUGUCAUUUCCAUCAGAGAAGAAGCACCAUGCCAUGAGAGGCAGCCAAUGGCAUCGAGAUGAAUUGCUGGAACCCACAAGAUAUGGCCAUCCAGUUAGAAGCAGGGAGAGAUUGGAGACAAGUGAACGCCUAUCUAGGCUGCCAUUCAAUUCAAGAGAUUGCCAAGCUGGCUAUGAACGUGGCAGCCCUUCAAGAUAUGGGCACAAUGAGUUCCAAUGCAAAUUGAGUUCUCACUCACCUGACAAGCCUGAGUACUCUGAGCAGGACAAAAUGACACUAUUGAGAAUGGUUUAUGAACUGCAAGACCAGCUUAACAGAACAUACAUUUCAAAAGGUAAAGCAGGAAAAUUUCCUGCUGGAGUUGUUAUGAAGGAAAAGCAGAUUCCCUCGUAUUAUGAUCAUGUAACACCAGAGGAAAUAUGUCAUGAUUUUAACUGUCCUAGGUAUGUUGGAAGAUGCAGUCAAGGAAAAAGCUGGUCCCAACAAUGUGAUUAUCCGCAGGGGCGUUUCUCAGGGGAGGCCGCAAAAAGACACCAAGUUGAUCACUCCUGUUUGCAUUGUUGUCCCCAAGAGCGGCAUUUCUCAGCACAGUUGCCUCUACAAUCAGUUUGCUGUGGCAAAGGGCAUUAUGGGGCACGCUCCCGUCGCACAUGUUACAACCUCUACCACCCCCGUCCCUCAAGUCCUCAGCAGUACACAAGUUCAGAGUUUUCGUCAUUGAGCUAUGAUAUGAAGUCUGAUGACCAUCAGUGGCGUAAAGACCAUGAAGUGAAGAAGUCUCGUUUGAGGGAUAGAAAUCACUUGCUGAAGCGGCAUUUUCGGCCUAUGGCAGGGGGUGCUCCAUUCAUUGCUUGCUAUCAUUGCAAGGAGCUGCUGCGGCUGCCUGAAGAUUUUCUCCUCUUUGGAAGGACAUGCCAUCGGCUAAAGUGCAGUGCUUGUUCUGAAGUACUAAAAUUUUCAAUUCAAGACCGAACUCAUAUAGUUCCAUAUAUUCCUAUAGUUCCAUAUACUCCUGAUUCUGCAGCUCCUCCGCCCAGUGAGGUUGAUGACACUAUUGACACCACCGAUAGGACGUUGGCAUCAGCAUCUCAUGCCAGUGAUUGCCCACGUGCAGACCCUAUAUCGUGUUCUGAUGAUUAUGGACCAUCUUUCGGCAGAAGUUGCUCCACUGAAGUAGAGCCUUUUUCCCUCACACCUCCAUUUCCCGUCCUUGAAAGGAAUUAUAAUGAUAGAAAGAUGUCAUCUGGUAGUUCUUUCGAGCCUAUGGAGGAGAGAGAGAACAGGCUCGUCACCAGAGAGUCUAGAAACAAAUAUAAGAAUCCUGUGGAAACCUUUGAAUCACAAAGGCCAUCAUCCAGUAUGUACAAACCAAAGAAACUGUCCUCAGAAAUCGAGGAACUGCCUGCAUCAACAGGUUCUCCACUUCAUCGGCUCAUGGGAUAUUCAUCCCCAAGCGAAGUGAUAAAUAAGUGACAAGCUCAUAUAUCCAGAGAAAAAGCCGAUGAUGUUGGUCACCUGAAUCCUGUUCAUCUUCCUGUUUGAAUUCCUCCGGUGACUGUACGUAUUCAUUUAUAAGGGGAGCAGUGAUACCACAUUCCAAAUGCCGAAUUCGGAAUGCCAAACAUUUCCCUUAUAAGAUUCUGGUGGAGGAUUAUUAGAAUGGGAAAUGUGUGGCUUGUGGAUUGAAGCAUGUAUGAGUCCAGCAGAGUGUCUCUGAAAAAACUUGGUGUAAAAAUUUGAGUGACAAGAAGGUUCGACCCAAGGCACGAACAUUGAAAAUUUCCUUUGGUUGCUCCUCACACUUGUAGAGGUGAUAGAAAGACUGAAUCACAGUGCUGAAGUUAUGGUAAAGGAGAACCGAAGUCGAUUGUUGUAUGUAUAGUCUUGUAUUUUUUUUUUUGUUUUAAAAUUUUUAUUUGUGUCUUUAUAGUUGAUUAUAUAUAGAAUUAAUUAAUUAAUUUUUUUUUAUGGGUUGUAAUAUAUUUUUUGCUUCCUUAGAACCAAACUUACGUGUGGGAUCCUCCUCACUCUGAACUAUAUGCUCCAUUUUUGUAUUUAUCAAUUUCAUCAAAGAAGAUCAAUAUGUAUGAUUUAUUAUUA